AUGGGCGAAUCCAUCCCAAACCAUACUUUCGACAGUGUCAGCCCCCAUGCUUCAUUAAAUACCUCUAAAGGUGUUAUCACUUGUGGAGAAAUUCUGAAUCUCUCUGUUGACUACAUAACAGAUGAGUUAAAAUCCCAAGGAGUUGUUCAUGUCCACCGAAUUACCAUCAGGCGUGAUGGAGAAAUCAUAGAAACUAAACACCACAUCCUAACAUUUAAAUCUCCAAAACUACCAGAACAUAUCUAUGCAGGCUACAUCAAAUUACCAGUAAGACCAUACAUCCCGAACCCUCUUAGAUGCUUUAACUGCCAGCGCUUUGGUCAUUCAAAGGCAAACUGCCGCGGGACACUCACUUGUGCCCGAUGCGCAGAAAAAGGUCACGACAGCCAGCAGUGUGCCGCAACAGAAAAGUGCGUGAACUGCGGUGGCGAUCACACGUCCUACUCUCGAUCUUGCUCGCGAUGGCAGCUUGAAAAACAGAUUAUAACUCUAAAAAUCAAAGAAAAUCUAUCUUAUCCUGAAGCUAGGCGUAGGAUUGUAGCUCAAACUCCUACUCCUGGCAUAACAUAUGCUUCUGUUAUAAAAAGGUCAUUUUGUGCAAACUGCUCUUGCACAAACUGUAUUAAAAACGUUACCACAUCCAAACAACUGAGAAAUGUUUCUUCUUCAGAUACAGAAAACUCCGUCAGUGUUACCCCUGAAACUCCUACAGUUUAA